GGUGAUGAUCCGCAUGGACUUUGUUUAACAGUACUCCCACUACGAAAGAUUUCAUUUUCAUGUUUUCCUCUUUUUAUAAAUAGGGAAACAAUAGACACAAUCAGUGAUUAUUUGAACUGUAUCCAUUACAAUGGUAGACCAUAACCGUUUAGGGGCGAAUGAGAUUGCCGAAGAGAGAGAUAUUAAAAGUCAAGGUUACGAUGCCAUACUUUUGAUUGCACAUUCUAAGCGACCGCUUAAAAUUGCUUCGGUUUUUUCGCCGGCGGUUUCUAACGCUUUGCAGUACGAUCCUGGACUGAAAACAGAAGUCGGGGUCAUACCUUUGAGCGAUCAUCCCGCAGGACGUCUAGUCUACGCCCCUAUAUGCAAUAUUGAUCCCGACUAUGACGAUGUCAGGGUUAUAAAGGAUGCAGUUAUCAAGGGAUUGAAAAGGGCCUUACUUUUGGAGGCAAAAAGGAUUCUACUCGUGGUAGAGGACUUUCCAGAGUUUGAGAAUGGUUUACUGGUGGGCGUGUUGGCCGCGUUGGAGGUGGUGUAUACGCCGAUACAAGUACGAGAAAGAAAUCCAUCGAGGAGUGUAAAACUAGAACGAUUGGGAGUUCUUAGUCAUAACACAGACAAGGACGUUGUGACAAUUGCAAAGAUUCUGGAACGGGGAAGAUAUGUGGCGCGUGACAUUGCUGGGGGAGAUCCUGAACGAAUGGCUCCCAUCAAAAUUCAAGAAUAUGUAGAGGGGCUAUUCUCGAAGACCUCCAUUAAGAUAACAGUGGUGUCCGAUCGAGAGGUGCUAGCGAAAGAGUAUCCGCUGUUUGAGGCCGUCGAUCGUUGCGCCAGUGUAGUAGAGCGACAUCGUGGAAGAAUCGUCUUUUUGGAAUAUACUCCACCAAAGGAGGCGACUAAGACCCUUAUGCUAGUAGGCAAGGGAGUUACCUAUGAUACCGGUGGCGCAGAUGUCAAAGUUUCGGGAGCCAUGGUAGGAAUGAGCAGAGAUAAGUGCGGAGCUGCGGCAGUUGCAGGCUUUAUGCACAUCGUCGAUCAAAUCAAACCUCCCCAAACCAAAGUUAUCGCGGCACUAUGUCUUGUUCGAAACAGCAUCGGCUCUAAUUGUUACGUGCCCGAUGAACUCAUCAUGAGCCGAUCAAAGGUUGCUGUUCGAAUGACCAACACCGAUGCUGAAGGACGCGUAGCGAUGGCUGAUGCACUUUGCAAGAUGAAAGAAAUGGCCGUCACUGCAGUCAACCCGCAUUUAUUUACCGUAGCAACCCUUACUGGUCAUUGUGUUUUGAGUGUUGGUUAUGGAUACUCUAUAGCAAUGGAUAACGGACCCGCACGCAAGCAUGGAAAUGCGAAUAAAUUGCAAGAGGAAGGCGCAAAAAUUGGCGAUCCGUACGAAAUUUCGACGAUACGCAAGGAGGAUUUCGCAUACCACAAAGGCAGAUCGGAGGAGGAGGACGCGACCCAAGGAAAUAAUCAACCUUCCACUCGCACCUUAAGAGGUCAUCAAGGUCCUGCGGCAUUCUUAAUUAUGGCUUCCGGUCUCGACAAGCAUGGAUCGGGAAGCACAACCCCGUUGAAAUAUACCCACCUCGACAUUAGUGGAUCGUCCUGUGGAAACUAUCCUGCACCCGAAACUGGUGCGCCCAUUCUUUCACUUGUGCAUACCUAUUUAUUUUAAUGCUUGCAUUUUUAAUUAAUCCUAAUUAAUUCAUACGGUUAAAAUUUAUUAAUUCAAAUUUUGGCGUGCAAAAACGAUCAAUAAAAUACGUACGUCUUUGA